AUGCGCAAUACAUCCUGCACUUAUGCCAAUGCCGCACCGUCCGAUUCGCCUGCCACAGAAAGCAGUGAGAUCAAUCCUGGUGUGGCCACUCAGCUAGAUCCUCCUCCUCAAAAUCUGGGGUUACAACAGGAGCAAGAGCUACCUGCAACCUUCGAGUCUCAUCUUUUGGACGCCGUAUUCUCCAGCUCAGACACGUGGGAUGUGACGCAACCAUCAAAUCCAGCUGUUUUCUCUUCUCAGCUGGCGAUUAACACGGGAAAUCAGGAAACAAAUAGAGCUCAGAGUAAGUUAGACUCGCCGGGGUUCGUUCAAGCCCUUUCAUUUCCGUUCGCCGAUCCCGAGCCAUACGGAGACAAAGUGUCUCUCGCUCUAGCUACUCACAGCAUGGAGCUUCUCUUUAGGGUGCUUCGGACAUGGCCGAAAAUGCUAGCGGAGGAAUUCCAAGUGCCACCUCUAUUUCAUCCGACUCAGAUAACACAUGACAAGCAACUGCCGUCUGCUUUGGCGAAUUGUAUAACUCUGACUAAAAUGUGGCAUGGAAAACGUGAAGGGGCGGAAGAAAUGGUCCGGAGAACGAUUUUGAGCGAGCUCGAAAGCAUCGUGGAUCCAGUUGGUCAAUAG